AUGCAUGAACGCGGGAUUGUGCACCGCGACAUCAAGGUCGAAAAUAUCAUGGUGGCGCGGGACGGUACGGUCAAAGUGAUUGAUUUUGGCAGCGCAGCUGCGUCGCGGAAUUUGCUUACGGGCGCGCGAAUCGCUAGCUGGGCGAAUUGGAUUGGGACGCCGGUUACUAUGGCCCCGGAAGUGCAUAGAGAGCAGUUUUUUGAUAUGGAGAAGGCGGAUGUGUGGUCGCUUGCUGUGGUGUUUGUGAGGUUGUGGCUAGGUGUGUAUCCCUGGGAGCCAGAGAUGAGACUGGGAGGACUGGAAGAAAAUGAAGCGUUCGGUAUUUAUAUGGAGGAAGUUGGGGAUCAGAGGGUGUGUGGGGAGAGUGAAGAUGAGGAUCGAUUGCUGUGCCAGAUACCGCUUGAGAAAGCGAGAAUCGUUAUUGCUGCGAUGCUGGAGCUUGAUCCAGUGCGGAGGAGCACUUUGCCGAUGGUGUUGGAUAGCACUUGGCUU